AUGGGCAGUGAGUUGGAUUGUCCCCUAGUUGUUCGGCUUAGCACGUUGCAACGCCUUGAGCUUCAAGCAACCAUGGCGGCGCUGCAGACGAUUCUGCUCAGUGGUUUCGCAGCGUUCGUGGGCUUUGCAUGCGGUGCUGCUGGCGCCCGUACGCUUCUGCUCAAACGGUCCGAGGCAUCUCAGUCACGAUGCCAACGAGUGGCCGGAGCUUUGUCGUCAUCGGCUUUAGUGAUCAUCGCAUUGGUUGGCCUGCUGUGGUGUUUUAUAUCACCUCCACCGUUCUCAGUUGAGAUUGUGCAGCCUCCCAGCUUUCGCCGCAAUGAUCCGACCUUGUCCCUGUACCUGGGAAAUGGUUGCUUCUGGCACACCCAAUACGACACUGUCGUGGUCGAGCAAGAUCCAACUGGUCCGUUCAGCGGCCGGAACAUGAGCGAGGUUACGAGCCUGAUUGGCUAUGCUGGCGGUCGUUACCAAAGUGCUGGGGGAGCAGUUUGCUAUCAUGGUUUGCCGGCCACGGACUAUAGCCGAUUAGGCCAUGCUGAAGCAGUUUCAAUUAUGUUGGAUGAGAUCACUGGACCCGUGGCCAGAGCUCAGGUAGCAGCUCUGGCAAAAAUGUACUUCGAGCAUGGCUUCCAGUCAUUGCCAGAUGGACGAAGGCAGCGAUUGGAUCCGCAAGAUGUGGGCGCUGAGUACCGCAAUGUGAUUGGGCUGCCCGGCGGCAUGGAUAACUCCGAACUGUGGCCGCUCUUUGAGGAAGCAAACGUCUACGGAAUGCCGCUUCUUCGAGGAGCAGUAGGUGAUUCUGAAGGUGAAUAUGUCGUGUACGUGUAUGACUCCACGCAGUACCCCUUUUUCCGUGGGGAAGCGUACCAUCAGUUUCAUCCCAACAAUGUGAUACAGAGACCAGUUCCUUUGUCCUAUACUUCCACAUUGAAGACUGUGCAGGAGAACUUGGGACGGCUGGAUGAUUCCGACAGGGGCUGCCCUGAACUUCCGUUUGCUGAGAUCGUUUUCUUGAUAGUGCUGGUGUUUUCUAUGAUGCUCUCCGCUGGACUUCUGAGACUCGCCAGCAAGGAAACUAAGGACGACGACGGUCCUGGCACGACACUGGAAGAACUGCUCAGAAACUACUCCAGGGCAGAGCAGAUCGAAGGCUACAAAUGUGAGAAGUGUAGAAAGACGGGCUGCGUGCGAAGUGCAUACAUCAAACGUCCGCCGAACAAUCUUGUGGUCUAUAUCGAUCGCCGACAGGAUGCCAGCCGUUUUGGCAAGAUCAACCGUGCUGUUCAGUUCCCUCAGGAGCUUGAUGCUUCGCCUUUCCUGGAGGAGUCCCGCUCAGCAAGCUACCAGCUUUAUGGGAUAGUUGUACACCAAGAUUUCAAUCGGUCAACUUUCUUUGGACACUACAUUGCCUUCGUGCUCUCCUCAGAGCGUGUCGCGUGGCAUCGGAUGGACGACGACCAGGUGUGCGAAGUGCCCUGGUCCGUUGUCAAGGAGCAGCGGGCCAACCUCCUCUUCUAUGCUGCACAAUCGGUUUCUUUGCCGCCGUGCGAAGAUGGUACGAACGGUACAAACGCUGUAAGGCAAGGCCGUCGAACGUCGAACCCAAUUACGCGCACUUAA